AUGGCGACUCUGGCGGAGAAGUUUGAGAAAAUCAAAUCGCCAAAGCUGCAGAACCAGCACCAUACCGCAGUCGUGUUAAACGCCGUCGAAGACACGCUGCGCGACCAAAAGGCCGACUUUUCAGCCACCGCAUAUUUUGCAGCGUUGCUGGCGCUGCUCAGCCAGGCGCUCACCACCACGCAUGGCAUCGUGAACAAGGACCUGGCCACCUCGGUGGUCUACCUGCUGGACAUAACUGCAGAGUACGUGCCCGCACCGCUACUACGCUCGAAAUUCGCCCAGAUCCUGUCGAACCUCGUGCCCGCCCUCACCCUGGCCGACGUCGAAGCCCCGUUGCUGCGGCCCUCGAUCGGCGUCCUCGAGACGCUCCUGGUCGCGCAGGAUGCCAAUUCAUGGACGCUCCCACACACGCAAAUCGGCCCCCGCCGCGCGACAGCUGGUCUGUUGACCCUGGCCGUCGACCACCGGCCCAAGGUGCGCAAGAGGGCGCAAGAUGCCCUGGUCAAGGUGCUCAAGAACCCCCCGCCGAGCCCCUCGCUCGACCACCCGGCUGCAGACAUGUGUGCCGAGACAGCCCUGCAGACCCUGCAUGACAGCGUGGCAGUUGCUGGCAAGAUCAAGAAGACUAAACACCAGCAGCACAAACAGCAGGACAGCCACCAGGAACCGGCCAUCAUCCAUUCUCUGCAUCUGGUCAAGACCGUGGCCACGGCGUCCGGCGGCUGGCCCAGCAAGAAGAUCGAGCCGCUGUGUGAAUUGCUCUUGAACGUGUCGCGGUCUAGCAAUGAGUUCAUCACGAUGGGCGCCUUUGAGGUGUUUGAAGUGAUCUUCGAGGGAAUGGCGGACGAGAUCUCCUCGUCAAAGCUGCCCCGGCUUUUGGAAGCUAUCCAGGAACUGCGACCCGCGCAAAACGAUGCCCAGCUACUGCCCCCGUGGAUUGCAGUCCUGUCUCGAGGCUACGACGUGUCGUCUCAGAUCGAACCAGAGGAGACGUUUGAAAAACUGCCCGGUCUGUUUGAAAUGAUCGCCACGUUCCUCGCCUCGCCGUCGCAUAACAUUCGCGUUUCGGCCUCGGAGUGCCUCGUGUCCUUUCUCGCAAACUGCAUCCCGAACAAUGUGAUCCUUGAACCGUCUGUCUACGACGAAAAGACCCUGGAGAAGCUCGCCAAGUUUGCGUCGGACCUCCUGUCGGUGAAAUACCAGGCUGCCUGGAUGGAGGUGUUCAACGUGUGUUCAGCCAUGUUUGAAGCCUUUAAAUGGCGAUCGUCCCCAUAUCUCGACAACAUCGUCAAGACCGUUGGCGAGCUGCGCGGAAACGACUCGUUUAGCGGUAAAAAGGAGGCCGACGAGGUUCUCGGACGAGCUGCCUAUGCCAUUGGACCUGCUGAAAUCCUCCGUCUUCUCCCUCUCAACAUCACCGAGCAAAAGGCCGGUCAGCCCGGGCGUGUCUGGCUGCUGCCCAUCUUCCGCGACAACGUGUCAAACACAUCGCUUGCCCAUUUCCGUUCGGAAAUGGUCCCUCUGAGCGAGGCCCUGUACCAGCGUGUCCUAGAGUUUGGCCAGGCAGAGAAGACGGUCGAGGUCAAGAUUUUCGAGACGAUCAUCAACCAAAUCUGGUCUAUCCUGCCGGGUUACUGCGAGCUCCCCCUGGACUUGGAGUCGGCAUUUGACCAGUCCUUUGCUGAGCUCCUCUCCAACGUUUUGUAUAAGCAAACCGAGCUCCGGGUGGACGUCUGCCGCGCUCUGCAGAACCUAGUGGAGUCGAACCAGGCGAUUGUCGAAGUUGACACUGGCGCUAAGGGCGAGGAGAACCUCGUGCUACAACGGCGCAUUUCCAAGGCAGCAGCAGCUAAGAACCUUGCGCAUCUCGGUGGUUUCACUAGUAAUUUGCUGUCUGUGUUGUUUAACGUGUACAGCCAGACGCUGCCUCACUACCGGGGAUACAUUUUGCAGUGUAUCAAUGCCUACUUGAGCAUUACACCAGAGAAGGAACUGGAGGAAUUGUUUACCCGCAUCACUACGAUGCUCGAGUCCGAGCUGCCAUCGGAAGAAGAAGCUGCCAAACAGGGAAGUCUGCCCAAGGGAACAGACAACAAGAUGCCACCGACCUCUCACACGCUGAUCGACCUGGUCAUCGCCAUGUCGAUCUACCUCCCACGGUCGAGCUUCUCCAACCUGUUUAGGCUCGCCGCUUUGGUCCUCAACCGACACGCAUCCGACCCGCAGCUGAUCAAAAAGGCCUACAAGCUGAUCCCCCGUCUUACAUCGACAGAGACCGGACAAGACUCCCUCGCCGAACGAAGCAGCGAGCUGCAAGCCUUGAUGCUCUCGACCGCCGACAAUACCCCAUCCCCAGCUCGACGCGAUCGACUUCUCGCCAUCCACGAGCUCGUCACGUACCUGCCUACCAACGACCUGCACUUUGUCCCCUCGAUUCUGCCCGAAGUCAUCCUCGGAUGCAAAGAGUCCAACGACAAGGCCCGAACCGCCGCCUUUGACCUGCUCAUCCACCUUGCCAAGCGCAUUUCCGACGACGAGCGCAACCCUGCGGGCACCAUGAUUCGCAACUCACUCGUCCCGCAUCUCCCAGACAACUCAGCAGAUGCCCCUGCCUCCCUCGAGGAAUUCUUCACCAUGGUCUCGGCCGGUCUGGCGGGCAGUUCGCCGCACAUGGUAGCUGCCUGCGUGACCGCGCUUUCGCGGCUCUUUUUCGAAUACCGCACAGAACUCUCGACCCAGACGCUAUCCGAUCUCGUCCAGACCGUCGAACUGUUCUUGACCAGCAACAACCGUGAAAUCGUGCGCUCAGUGCUGGGCUUCGCCAAGGUCGCUGUUGUUUGUCUCCCCGAGGACAUGCUCCGGCCGCGCCUCAACACGAUGGUGCCGAACCUGAUGGUGUGGAGUAAAGAGCACAAGGGCCGCAUGCGCACAAAGGUCAAGGGCAUCCUCGACCGGCUUGUGCGCCGCUUCGGUGCACCGUUGAUUGAGAGCCUCGUGGGCGAGGGCGACCGCAAACUGGUCGUCAAUAUCCGCAAGGAGCGCGAGCGCCAGAAGCGCAAGAAGAAGGAAGGUGCUGCUGAUGCCGAGGGUGAUGAGGAUGAUAACGACAACAACAAUGCCAACAAUACCGGUAGCAGCAAACAAUUUAGCAACGAGUUCGACAAGACGGUCUACAUGUCAUCUGACGACGAGGACGGGUCCGACCUGGACGACGCGAGUGAAAUCGAUGUCGACGAAGCCGGGCAAACAUCAGUCAAGAAACAGGGCAAUAAAAAGGGUGGCAAGAAAGGAGGCAGACAAAAUGAACAGUAUAUCCGCGAGUUGUCGCCCGAGUCGAAUCCGCUGGAUCUCCUGGCCCCAGACGCCCUGGCGUCUAUUUCCACCACAAAGCCAUCUGUGCGCUUCCUUGAUGCUGGCGUGGGCAAGAGGAAUAAGAAACGCGGUGCCAAGGUUAAUGCGGACGGGAAACUGAUUAUCGGAGGUGGCGGCGACGACGACGACGAACUCGACGUGAACAAGAACAACAACAACAACCAAUCUGACCAAGGAGCAGGCGGUGUCAAUGCCUACCUGGCCGCCGUCAGUGGACCCGACGCUGUCCGUCGCGGACAAAAGGGUCGUCUAAAGUUCAACAAGAAAGACUCUGGCGCUGACGGAAUGGACAUUGAUGACGACGACGACAAUGAGACCGCCGGAUUCGAAAAGAAAGGAGCACAAAAUGCUGGACGCCGCGGUCUGGGCAUGCCCAAAACACACGGUCCCAGCGGCGGCGGCGGCCGAGGAAGAGGAGGAAAAGGCAGAGUCGAGAAGAGGAGAAGUGGUAGUGGAUUUGUCGCAAAGACGAGAGGCCGUGGCCGAAGAUAA